CCUCCCGCUGUCCCGCAAGAACACGAGCAGGAGGCGUGGCCGUGGCAGCCGGUUUGACCCGCCCCCGAGCGUUAUAAGCUGUUUCUCCGGGAACGUCUUGUCGCGCAAGUCGCUCGCGCCGGCCGCCUCCACCUGCUUGCUCGGUCUCAGAUUCCCGCGCGCGAAAGCGUGGACCGGACAGCCGGCAGGCGCUCUUUUCUUUCAUUCCCUGUCGUGGUCUCUCGUGCUCUCCGUCCGUUCUAACUUCUGCGGCGCGCGAAGGUACUGUGGGAAUCGCUGCUCUUUCCUUGAUUCCGGCGGCGGCGGAGGUGCGCGGGUUCCGUUCGUCGCGCCGUGGGGGUGCGAGGGAGGCGCCGCGCGCGGCCUCGGAUUCGAUCGGACACAGCGUCCGUCGCGCGGCGGCGGCGGUGGCCGACGACGGAUGGAGUCGGUGAAGGGGUGGGUGGCCGCCGACUACGCGGCGGAGCCCAUGGCGUCGGUGCAGCACUCGUUGCGCGUCGCCUACGUGGUCUUCUCCUUCUGCGCCGCCUUCUUCCUCGGCGGCAUCAAAGCGGUGGUGGUCGGGCCCGUUGCCGCCGCCGUGAUGAUAGUGGGCAACGUCGGCGUCAUACUCGUGCUCUUCCCGGCGCACGUCUGGUGGGCAAUCUACUCGCUCAUCAAGACCGACCGCAUCAACGCGGGCCUGAAGCUAGCCGUGCUCUUGGCGCUACCCGUGCUGUUCGGCCUCUGGCUGGGGCUGGGCAUCUUGGGCAGCGCGCUGGUGGGUCUCGGGUACGGCUUCUUCACGCCGUGGAUCUCCACCUUCGAGGCGUUCCGGCAGGAAAGCGAGGCCAAGAAGUUCGUGCACGGCAUUGUGGAUGGGACGUGGGGCACGAUCAAGGGCAGCUGCACGGUGGUCAGGGACUUCGCGGACAUCUGCUUCCACUCCUACCCUGUCUACCUCAAGGAGCUGCGCGAGGGCUCCCAGAAUCGUGAGCCCCAUUCCAUAAGGUUGCUGGACGUGCCCUCAUGCAUAGUCGUCGCUCUCCUCGGGCUAGUCGUGGACAUACCACUUUACACGGUGAUUGCGCUGGUCAAGAGCCCCUACAUGCUCUUCAAAGGCUGGCAGAGGCUGCUGCACGACCUUAUAAGCCGAGAAGGCCCGUUCCUCGAGACGGUCUGCGUGCCGAUCGCCGGCCUGGCUAUCCUGUUCUGGCCGCUGGUGGUGGUCGGGAGCGUCCUGCUGGCCAUCGUCUCCAGCAUCUUUGUGGGGCUCUACGGAGCGGUCAUCGUUUUCCAGGAGAGGUCGUUUCAGAGGGGCGUUUCGUAUGUCGUGGCCAUGGUUGCGGAGUUCGAUGAGUACACCAACGACUGGCUCUACCUCCGUGAAGGAACAGUUCUCCCAAAGCCGUCCUACAGAAAGAGGAAACCGUCGAACUCCACGGAAUUCUCGGUGAGAACAAACGCCUCCGGCGGCAAAGGAGCUGACCACCCUCCUGGCCCCAGUGAAGCACCGGCAAUGUUGGUUCCGAAUCUGGCGCCUGCGAGAUCAGUGAGAGAGGCUAUACAGGAAGUCAAGAUGGUCCAGAUAUGGGAGAACAUGAUGAAGUCAUGCGAGCAGCGGGGGAGGGACCUCCUGAACCAGAACGUGAUAACGGCCGCGGGGCUGGCGGAGUGGCUGAGGGGGGCGAAGGAGGGCGGGCACCACGAGACCGUGAGCCUGGGCCUGCCGUCCUACUCGCUGCUGUGCACCGUGCUGCAGUCGAUCAGGGCCGGGUCCGGGGGCCUGGUGCUGGGCAGCUUCGAGGUGAACCAGCACAACCGGCCGCAGGACCGGCUGCUGGACUGGUUCUUCCACCCCGUGCUGGUGCUCAAGGAGCAGAUACAGGCGCUGAGGAUGACCGAGGAGGAGGUCAGGUUCCUGGAGAAGCUGACCGUCUUCGCCGGCAACGUCGCGGGCGCUGGCGCUGGCGGGUGGGAGAACGGCGCCGGGAUGAUGGUGGUGCCCCAGGACCCUGUGAGGCUGGCGCAGAUCCAGGCCAUAAGUAGAAGGCUGGUUGGGAUUGUGAGGAGCCUGUCCAAGUUCCCGACGUACAGGAGGAGGUACAGGCACGUCGUGAAGCUGCUCAUCGCCUACUCCGUCGAGAGGGAGAGCUCGGGCAGGUCGUCGGCUUCAGGGCGCUCGGCCUCCUACUUUGAGAUAACACAGCUGGACGUGUAGUAUAGUUUGGGAAGCGUUCUCCGAUUGUAAUUAAGCUGUUAAUUUCUAGGAUCAGGUAGUAGCUGUCAGUGCCUUCGUGUGUUUGAAGCCUAGCUGGUGAGGUUUUUGUAGAACACUAGUGCAUGGUUACAGGAGAAAGGCGCUCCAUUGCAGAUGCUGAUCAGGCGCGUUCACGUGCCAAAAGCUUCAGACAAUUGUACACAUUCUCUUUUGUUCUGUAUAUAGCCUGUAGGUUCAAUGCACAUGUGUUGUUCUUUUC